GACAUUAUGUCGAAUUGCCUAUUGGCUCGAAAUGGUUAUCCUAGAAUUGCAUAUGCCGCUUGUCUUGGUUCACCAUUGUUUAAUUUACUUCUUGGUGCUGGUCUAUCGUAUACUGUUAAAAUUGGAAGAGCUGAGGUUGGACAUGCAUUCUUGUCAUUUACCCUGACUCAAGCAUUACUAUUCUCUUGUCUACUAGCAGUGCUUACAUUAAAUAUUUUAACAGCAUUAAUAGGAAGGUUUCAAUUUUAUCGUUAUUAUGGUAUUGUAUUAAUCAUUAUCUAUUUAGUAUUUGUCACAACUGCUAUACUCAUUGAAGUGGAUGUUAUUGUUUCACCAGUUAAUUGGCAUUUGGCUACUGGAACAGAAUAAAUGUCAAAUAUGUUACCAGUAUUAUGAAUACACGGAUAAAUAUCAUUGUUAUAUAUAUAUGAAGUGAAUGUUAAUUUUUAACAAGAAAUUUACUUAGAC